AUGGCUCCCUCUCUGCUGUGUCCGAAUCCCAAUCCCAAGCUCUCCUUGCCGUUCUCGUGGAGGCCGUGCCCACCCCGCUCUCGCGCCGCCUUCUUCCCCAGGCCCUUCCCCGGCCAGUCCUCGUCGGGGUAUCUCGCGGGGCACAUCAAAUGCUCCCUCGGCUCCCGCCCCGAGUACAUUCCCAACCGCAUCCCCGACCAGAACUAUGUUCGAAUUUUCGAUACCACGCUCCGGGACGGCGAGCAGUCGCCCGGCGCCACCAUGACCAGCGCGGAGAAGCUCGCCGUGGCACGCCAGCUCUCCCUCCUCGGAGUUGACAUUAUCGAGGCCGGGUUCCCUGCCUCGUCCCCCGAUGACCUCGACGCUGUCCGGACCAUUGCCAUGGAGGUUGGCAACCACCCUAUGUCUGCAGAUCGGCACAUUCCGGUGAUCUGUGGUCUCUCGAGGUGCAACAAGAAGGAUAUUGACGCCGCCUGGGAGGCGGUGAAGCACGCCCAGAAGCCGAGGAUUCACACAUUCAUUGCCACCAGUGAUGUCCACUUGCAGUUCAAGCUUAGGAAGACGAGGGAGGAAGUAGUGAACUUAGCCAGGGAGAUGGUCGCGUAUGCAAGGAGCCUCGGUUGUCAGGAUGUGGAGUUUAGUCCAGAAGAUGCUGGCCGGUUUCUCUCUCUCUCUCUCUCUCUCUCUCUCUCUCUCUCUCUCUCUCUCUCUCUCUCUCUCUCUCUCGCUCACUGAAUCAUUAACUCGCACACUCAUUCUCUCAGUCUCACCGAUUCAUUUACCCAACCCGUCACUCUCUCACUCCAGAUGACGGUGUCUUGUAGGCUACCGGUUAUCUUUUUAGAUCACACACAUUUUUGUGUUAAUUAUCUCCAAGCGGACUGUUUCUGGGCAAUCGGCUACCGGUUUUAGUCAUGAUUACUUUGUUCUUUUGGAACUAUCGGUUGGCUGACCACCAUCGGAUUGCUAUUUCUCUUAGAUAAGAUUCUCUGUUUUUUGCUUAUCACGUCAUACCAUCCCCUCUUACACAGACAAUACGUCCUGGAAUUACGGAUGCAAACUGGAAGAUCUUUUUUUUUUUUUUUCCCUACUUGCGCUGCACCUGUUCCGUAGAUGUGGGCUAGAUGGGUAGGAUCCAUGCAGAUGGGUUAGGUUGUGCCAGCUGGUAUGGUAGCCCUUUGACUCUAUGCCAAACAGGGUUCUACAGUUAAGUUGCAAUAUCCUAUUGUGUAAUAUGCACUGGGACAUGCUAGGUGGAGUCGAGCUAAUGAAAAGGCAGCCAUGCCACACGACUACUUUAAACUUUUAAUGCUAGAGUAAAUCUUUUGUUGUUUAGCACUCUUUUGUAAAGAACAUCUUGCACCAACUGUUGGGUGGUUGCUUGUUUUGCCUUGCCUAGCCAUUGUAUGCGGCACGUUUUGCUUCUGAGAUAAAUGCUUGAUCUCUCGUUUCUUUUCCCGGCGGUACAAGGUGAGUUUGUUGAUUUGACGGCUGUCUUUUUCAUUGACUAUCCCUCUUUCUGAGUCAAAGGUUGUGGCGUUGACUCUAGCUUUUGUCUACUACGCUCUUUGAAAAAUACAUUAGUCUUUUAACAAUCUCCUCGUUUCUUGUUGUUGAAAAGGAUCUCUAAUCUUUGUCACCAAACAGCUUAGGUUCUGAGAAAAAAAUAUCAUGACCUCUUUGUAACAAAUAUUUUCGUUCAAAGAGUGGAGUGCAUUUUUUCUGCUCAAAAGGUAGCUGCGGAUUUUAUUUUAUUUUAUUUUAUACCGCUGUGAAAGUUCGUACUUGGUUUUGUGAAGAUCCAGUUUGAUCCGUGCUUUUUUUAUGUAAUCACUUGAGAGCCAAUACUGAAUUCUGUUUCCCACAUUAUCUUCAGAUCUGAUAGGGUGUUUCUGUACCACAUCCUCGAGGAAGUAAUCAAGGCUGGGGCCACCACCCUCAAUAUUCCUGACACUGUUGGGUACACUCUGCCUUUUGAAUUUAGGCAAUUAAUCAGUGAUAUAAAGGCUAACACUCCUGGGAUAGAAAAUGUUAUUAUUUCAACGCACUGCCAAAAUGACCUAGGCCUGGCAACUGCCAACACCUUAGCGGUAGGUAUUUUCAAUCCUAUCAAGUCUGAUUGCUUCCUUACAGUUGCUUUUGCUCACGUAAAUCUCAAAUGUUUUGAGUGAUUAAGGGUGCCCAAGGGGGAGCUAGGCAAUUAGAAGUCACCGUCAAUGGCAUAGGUGAACGGGCUGGAAAUGCUUCCCUGGAAGAGGUCUGUAUUCACCUUCAAUCCGAAUUAGAUGUUUUCAUUUCCACUUUUCUAUUCAGAGGUAUCAGAAUACUUGUAGUCCGGUAUGUGUAAGCUUAUUGUGGCAUGUCUAGAUUAUUCAUCACCAUUUUACUGAUCUUCAGCAGAAGAGAGUUGAUGUUUGGUUCCUUUGCAACAUGGACUGCCAACGGGAACACUAGCGAUAGCAAAUAAAUGUGAGAUGAAGUCCGAUAAGGGUGUGCUGAUGGAACUUCAUGCAGGUGAUAUACAGGGAAACGAUAGUGGUUUAGAGGAAGUGAAUGUGGACGAGGAGAAAAGGAAGAUAAAACAAACUCUUUCCCAGGUUUUUUGCUUUGAAUGGAUUGGAUUAUCAAAUGAAUUGCAAUGGAGUAGAUGUGGUUUUUGGGGACCACUGAUCUAGUUUUUACCCUUUCAGUGCCUUUUUUUAAUGAGUCAAAUGGGGGAUAUCUUCAGGGGAACUAGAUCACAAAGAGAAUGUUUUGUGACGAACGCAAAGCUGUUUUUUUUUUGCCGCCAUUACAAGUUAUCACGAUCUCUAAAGUUCCUUAAUUGGCAGAUAUAAUUUCUUACAUUUUUUAUGGGUGAUAACACUUGAUCCGUGCCAAAUGAAGAAGGAAUCUGCGAACCGUUCUUUUUAGUUCAGUUUUUCAUCAUUGCAUACGAACUUUAAGUAGUUUGUCCCUUCCCUGAGGCAAUAUUCUUAUGCCAUUUGAGUUCUUACAGGUUGUUAUGGCAAUCAAGAUGCGCCGGGAAUUGUUAGGUGGCCUUUACACUGGGAUUAACACGAAACAUAUCGUCAUGUCGAGCAAGAUGGUAUUGUUUUUUUGUUAUUUCUAUUGCAUAUUGAUUCAUUAAUUUCGAUUUUCAACUUAACUUUGGUAUAACAUAAUUCUAGGUGCAAGAACACAGCGGGCUGCAUGUACAGCCGCAUAAAGCUAUAGUUGGAGCCAAUGCAUUUGCUCAUGAAAGUGGCAUUCACCAGGUCUGUGUAUCAUCUCUUGAUUCUAUCUACUUUUUUUUCAGCAUCGACACCACAUUGUGUCAACUUCUGGAUGUCUAGACAGAAGCCAAACCUGACAGUCUUGACGCUGUGAUUGAGUUGUUACACACAGCCCUAUUUCAAUUGGUCUCUGAAUUUCCGGGUGACUUGCUAGUAGAUGUGUAGAUAUAAUUCUGCGUUUACCAUUUGCACGCUGAUAAAAUGUGAAGUUGUCUUAUAAGUACCUACUUAAGAUCCCUACAAUAUGCAUCAUCCUGCAUGACGGUAGUUGUGAAUUUUCCAUACCCUGCUUCGUCUGGAUUGUUGGGCAACCUGGAAGCGUGUCUGUGUACAUACCCUUUGUCUCAGAUUUGUGUAUGAAAUGUUGCAUAUUAAUUGGUACAUUGUUUCUAUGUGUUGUAGGAUGGCAUGCUCAAAUUCAAAGGUACAUAUGAAAUUAUUUCCCCCGAAGACAUUGGGUUGACACGAUCAAACGAAUCCGGUAUUGUUCUCGGAAAACUUAGGUAUGAAAUGGUUAUUCCAAUUCAUUAGAUAUCAGUGUCUAGAUGGCCUACAGUUUUCUGGUCAUCUGACCAUCUAUAAUCCAUGGUCCCGUUUUGAACUUGGGAAACUGAAACACGUUGAGAUAUCUUCAAAUCUUCAUGAAUUAGUGUCGUCGUAUGAUGAAAAUUUCCUGUUCAUAUUGUUGUCUCCUCGCCCCUCCCUGCAAAAAAGUGAAAAUAAAUAAAUGAUGUUGUUCUCAGGAGGUUCUUCUUUCAUGUCAUUUUGUUUAUAUGAUCAUAAUUUUUCCAUUAGCAAAUCUUCUGUCUGUGUAUUUAGUCAGGGAUAGGGGGAGGGCAGAUGAAUGAGAAGACUGAAUGGAGGAAGAAAUUAGAAGUGAGAGAGAUGAGUAGAACAAGAAGAGUUGAAAAUUUGUAUGAUUGAAUUUUCAGUACUGUUUUCUCUUGAAGACCAGUCUUUGAUCAGUAUUCAUACAGCCAGACUAAAAUAAUAAAAUACUUCACUGACAGAGGUUUAAUUCCUUUAAUAAUUCCGUGAAAUACUGAAAUACUCUCAUUUUUUCACUGACAUUGUUGCUGUUGGGACUUGAUUUUGAUCACCUCUGAAUUUUUCUACACUACAUGUCGGACUUGCUCUCUGUGUGUAUUCACUGAGCAUCCUCUCCAUGUACAUGUGCAUUUUGAUUACAAUAAUUUCAGGAUUCCAAACACUAAGCUGUUUUCAUCACCAGCAUAAGUUCAUUGAGAGAGCAAACAGCACCGUAUUCCAAUUGUAUAUUAUGUGUCAGGAUAUGCCCUAUUUUGACCGAUCCAUUUUACGAAAGAUAGAGGUUUACAUUCACCUUGGAAAGUGAGUUGUUUGAACCCUUUUGUAUAAUUUGGAGCAGGAGAUAGGGGCUGAACUAUCUCUGAGCUAUGUUUGUUUCUUUGGAUUUCUUUUAUUCUCCCAUGGGACGUGAGAGAGAGAGAGGCUUUCCAUCUACGUGGAAGGUGGAGUUUGGCUCAAAUUCUAGGGUCAGAAGAACCGUUUUCAUUGAAAAAAGGAGUGGGCUUUUUUUUAUUCACUAAAUGGAGAGUCUGUGUUUCUUCUUCUUUCGUGACAUAAUGGAGAGUCUGUGUUUGCCAUUGUAAUGUGUGCUACAAAUGGGUAUUUGCUUCACAGAAAUAGGUCCUUGAAUCUGUUCUUAUUUACUAUGAUCUCCUGGAUUUUUUAAGUCAAUUUUCCUUCCCAAUAAUUGGUCGCCAAAAUAACCGUUCUAGCAUUGACGUUUGGCAUAUGUUCUAUUAGUUGGCUGCUAUGAUUGUGAUAUUUGAAGUAGGAUGACUCGCACUAUGGCUUGAGAAGAGUUUCGCAGAUGGCUUGUUUUGUAUAUCUAUCGUAUUAGUGCUAGUUCUCUCCAAGUCAUCUGGAAGUUGUUGUUCCUUCCAGUUGCUAAAGUAAUUGACAUUUUUUUCUUUCUUCUUUUAUAAACCUCACUAUAUUUCUGUUACAGUGGGCGUCACGCGUUGAGAUCAAGGCUUUUGGAGGUACCUUUUAUCCACUGCGCUUGUUUUCUAUCAUCAUAAUUACAGAGGGCAGCAGUUUUAAGCGCAGCGUACUCUUGCAGUUUGGCUAUGAUAUCAAUGGGAAGGAGCUUGAUGAUGUCUUCAAGCGUUUCAAGGAGGUUGCAGAAAAGAAAAAGGUAAUUGAGUGUAAUUAUUGUUCUAACCUUUUAAUCAUAAGAGCAUGCUGCAAUUUCGAACUUUCGUUGCAUUCAUUUUCUCAUUUCGAGAUUAAUCCUUGCUCCCACUGGAACCAACCAAAUUUCUCAUGACAGGAUGUCCUGGGUUUGCUGUCUGACACGUUUAGCACACAUUAAUUUCUCGUUUUCACUGAAUCUCAUGGCAGCAUGUAUCUGAUGACGACAUAGAGGCAUUGAUUAACGAUGAGAUUUUCCAGCCUCAAGUUGUUUGGUCACUGGUCGAUCUACAGGUCAGCAGAUAAUACUCUUCUUCUUCUUUUUUUACAUGUCCUUUUACUCCAGGACCCUUCCACCACAGAUCUCUGCCGGAUUACAUGUCACUUAAAGCAAAACAACGCAGGUCACCUGUGGAACGCUGGGUCUUUCCACAGCCACUGUCAAACUAAUUGGGGCUGAUGGAGAAGAAAAGAUAGCAUGCUGUGUCGGAACGGGUCCAGUUGACGCAGCUUACAAGGCUGUUGACACCAUUGUGAAGGUAAGAUGGAAGUUGGGUUGCCCUCAAUCACCUCCGCUCAUUUUUACCAAAAUAUAUGAUACCUUUUGUUCAGCACGUUCUCCUAACUAUGGAAAUAACUCACGCUUUCUUGAACCCUAUGGCCUCGUGGAGGCUGUCGCCCUUUCCCUCGAUCUUUUUUAUUUAUUUCUAUGUACUUUGUCAGUAGCAGAUGGUGUGUGGAACAGCCUCACAAUGGAACGAAUAAAUGGAACUUGGGGCUGCAUAAUAUAAUAAAUGAUGCUUUUCAGGUGCCUGUUACCCUUCUAGAAUACUCCAUGAAUGCUGUCACAGAAGGCAUCGACGCCAUAGCCUCCACGAGGGUGGUGAUUGGUGGAGAGCACGAACGCUCAUCGAUGCUUGCCGCGACGGGGGAAAAAGUUCGGCGUACUUUCAGGUUUUCAUCUGCAAAUAUCAACCAGUUCGGAUAAUCACCCUGAACGAAAGCUGACCUCUGCAAUGCGCAUCUUAUCACUCUCUGCUGUUCUUUCCUUCAGUGGAACCGGAGCGGGAAUGGAUAUUGUGGUUUCAAGCGUUCGGGCAUAUGUGAGUGCCCUAAACAAGGUGCUGGGCUUCAGAAUCCUCUCGUCAGACAAGUCGUCCGCUGGAAAGUCCCGCGAAUCUUCGUAA